AUGUAUGUCGCGGGCAAGGCGAUGGCGGAGGUAAUUAGCGACUUCAUCGCCAUCACCUCGGACGCUUACAUCUCCUAUCCAAGCGAAGAAAUCAAAGCAGUCAGAAAACGCAUCCUUGCUGAGCUGGAAAAUUAUCUGCACCACAUCACUGAAAAUCAACCUACAGGUAGCGUCAGCUGCUCCGAGAAAGAUGCAGAUGCCAGGGUGAAAGCCAUGGUGGUCGAAGAACAGAUGCACUCUAAGCUCAAGGAGAUGUCAGAGUCUCUUGAAGAGACGAAGCGAAAACUUGAGCAGAGCCUUAUAGCGUCCCGGAAUGCUCAGCAAUUCACCAAAAAUGUUAGCAAAUUAUCAACUCCGCCGCCUGGACUACUCGCGCAGCGCGAAAAGCGUAAGCGAGACUACGAAGACCUCGAUCGACAGUUUAAUGAUAUCGAACAAUUGAGGAAGAAAUGGAAAUCGACACGUGCAACUGCGGAGCCAAAAUAG